AUGGACGAUUCUAUGAACGAUGAAGACAUACCAAAGGCCAGAAUGGUGGGAAAGUAUGAAAAAGCUCAUAAUCGGUCGCUAGUUGGAGUUUGGAGUUUCCGUUUUGGAGGGCAAAUCGGAGUGAUUUCCGUUUCGCAUGAGAAUUCGAAGCUCUGGAUUUUAUGUGAGAAUCGUGCAGAAGAUAGUAUAUUUUUGGACGAGAAGAUGAUUCUGACAACGUCACAAACUGCUAUACAGUCGGCAGAUGUUUCUGUGGAUGGACAGUGUAAGUGCUUGAAAAACAGAAAGUAUAAGAAAGUACGGUGCUUUUCAGAUGUCGUAAUGGUCGGACUAAAUUCAACAGUUUAUGAAGUAGAACUCAUUAAUUCUGUCAAAACGAUGGCUGUGGAUUUUGACUAUCUCGAAGCGACAUUCUGUGCUGUUCAACCUAAAAAGACAGGUUACAUCACCGCCGCCUAUUCUGGAUUCCUUAAGGAGAUCAGAAACUGUUCUAAAGAGUUGGUUCGGCAAGAAGCGUUUCCAGGUGUCCGACAGAUCAGUUGCUUGAAAUUUAGUCGUGAUGGAAAGUACUUGGCGGUCGGUCAGCUGGAUGGUGGAAUUGAAAUGCUUCAUUCGGAGGAUUUGAAAAGCUACCAUAAAUAUGAAGUUCACUCAAUGAGAAUCCGGAAGAUUGAGUUCCUACCAGGCGACGAACGAUUCUUGAGUGGUUGUGAAGAUCGACUGAUCAAAUUGCAUUCGAUGAGUGAUUUUGCUCAUGAAGCAGAUCCGACUCGUUCGACGAAAGCGGUGAGAGUUUAUUCAGCUCACGAUGCCCCUGUAACCGGAUUGACGAUCGAUGAAAAAUCUGGAGGAACCAGAUUCGCUAGUGCUUCUUCUUCGUCACAGAUUUUCAUCUGGCACAUCGAACUGACCACUCCAAUCAUGUCUAUCGUUAACGAUCACACUUCUGCAAUUGGUGCUAUGUCAUUCUCGCCAACUAGCCGGCAUUUGCUGUCCGGUGGUGAUGAAGGAAUGUUGCAGAUUUUCUAUAUUCCUGGAGUUGGAGAGGAAAGCCCUCAGCACAUGGUCUUCUACCCCACAGUUGAGCAGGCAAAAGCGGAGACGGAGCAUUUGGAAGAUCCCUAUUAUCAACAGGAAAAUGAACCACCAAGUGACUACAGUCAAUCAGCAGCUGAAAGUCAACAAUACUAUACGCAGCAAGGAGAGGAAGCCAGUGAUUAUCAGCCAGAAGACUCCUCAACUGCUCAGUAUCAAGAGUACAACCCGUACGCAGAACCACGUACUCCACCACAAGAAGAGGAAGAUAUUGGAGAUUAUGUUUAUAACACCACUGUGCCGGUGGAGCAAAAUGGAGCAUCCCCACAAUCAAAUGAGUACAAUCCAGAAGUAUGA